AUGGUGAUGUUGUUCGGCUACAAACCCUGCAAGGUAAUUCCUGUUGGUGUUGUGACGUCCACCUCUCAUAUGCAGUAUAAAUGCAUCCGAGCUGAUGAAUUUGUAAAGCUGAUGUCUGUAAAAAGGAGCGCUCAGCUAAACUUCGGAGAGCAGAGACAGAUCUUCUCCGUCUUCGAUACACACUGUCGCGGAUUUUUAAAUGUGGACGAUUUUAAGAGGGCAUUUAAACGUGUGGCUCCAAACAUCCCCGAGCACACCGUCCUAGAGGCCUUCCGGUGA